AUGGCGGUUUAUGUACCAGGUUUGGUGUCUGUCGUCGUGUUCUAUGUUAUAUUUCUAUUGCUAGGUUUAUGGGCAGCAUGGAAAUCUCGAAAACUUACUAAGAACAGUGAAGAUGUGUUACUUGCAGGGAGAAGUAUUGGGAUGCUCCUAGGGAUAUUUACCAUGACUGCAACCUGGGUGGAAGGAGGAUUUAUAAAUGGUACAGCAGAGGGUGUUUACUCAGGAGGAUUAGUGGGAAGUCAGGCUCCCUUUGCCUAUUCAUUGUGUUUGGCAUUCAGUGGAUUUUUCUUUGCCAGACGGAUGCGUCAGAAUGGAUAUGCAACCAUUAUCGACCCAUUCCAGCAGAAGUAUGGAGAUAUGAUGGGUGCAUUGUUGUACAUUAUAUCUCUCUCGGGAGAUGUAUUUGUUGUGGCAGCAAUAUUAGGAGCUUUAGGUUCAACCUUGUCUGUAGUACUGAACAUAGACUACAAUAUUUCUGUUAUAGUGGCAGCCUGUGUGGCUUGGCUAAUAAUACCGUUUGCUAUAUCAAAUGAUGCAGUGAGGGACCUGUCAACUAAUUACACAGAUGUUUGGGUGAAAGAACUAGAUCCCUCUACAGCAGGUGUAUAUAUUGACGGUUGGUUACAGAUGAUACUUGGUGCAAUACCAUGGCAGGUAUAUUUCCAAAGAGUUCUUGCAGCGAAGUCAGCAUAUAUUGCAGAGCUGUUGUCAUACUUAGGAGUGAUUGGUUGCUUCAUUGUUGUUAUUCCAUCACUAUUGGUUGGUAUCAUAGCUACACAAACAGAUUGGAGUAUGACAACUUAUAUGUCUGGAAAUUCCUCGGUGUUGGCAGAUAAAGAUAUACCGUUGGUAUUGCCACUAGUGAUGGAACAUCUUUGUCCUAAAGCUGUUGCAUUGUUCGGUCUAGGUGCGGUAGCAGCUGCAGUAAUGUCAUCAGUUGAUUCAGCUGUGCUUUCAUCAAGUGGACAAUUUUCGAGAAAUGUCUACAAAAGGAUCAUAAGAAAAACAGCUUCUGAAAAAGAACAGAUAUGGGUGCUUAGAGCUUCAACUAUAGUGUUUGGUGUUAUUGCAACUUCUGUAUCAAUAUACGUUAGAUCUAUUUAUGCGUUAUGGGUACUUUGUAGUGACAUAAUUUAUGUCAUAUUGUUUCCGCAGCUGACAUGUGCAAUUUAUUUUUCUAGUGCAAAUACAUACGGAUCUCUCGUUGCUUUUAUCGUGGGACUAUUUUUUCGUGUAGCUGGAGGAGAAAUAACACUGGGAUUAGAUCCUUUAAUCAAAUACCCAUGGCAUAAAGUGGAUGAUGAUGGAACGGUUGUACAGUUAUUUCCACAUAAAACAUUGUCCAUGCUUCUUUCAUUGUUUUCACUAUUAUUUGUGUCGUGGUUCACAAAUUGGCUUUUUGACAAUGGAAUACUAUCUCAUAAAUUUGAUAUCCUUCGAAAACAUUCAAGGACAAAAUAUAAGAACAAGUAUGUAAUAUCUACCUCUGAUGGAAGCGAUGUCAAAAAGAAGGAAAACUACCAGGAUAAUGCUGCGUUUUCAACAGACGCUUUUUGAAAUAUAAGUCCAGUCAAGAAUUUUUAACCAUAGUUCUUAUUGUCAGUAUACUCAUAUUAUAUUCAUGUAGGUUUUCAUUUUUAUUUGAAGUAGACAUUGUAUGUCUACUGCAUAGUACCAUGUUUAUAGGUAAACCUUUAUAAUUCUAAUUAUUUUCAAAUUACACACAAAUGUAUUGAUAUACUUAUAUAUUGUUUUGACACCUGUUUUAUAUCUUUUAGUUAUUUUAAGUAAAUGAAUAGUUUUGGAUACUCACGAGAAUAAAGUUCUGUGUAGUUUUUGAAUAUUGGAAUUUGGGGUAAA